UUUGAUUUUCCCCUCACAAUGACUUUUUAUUAUUGUUUCGAUCAAAAAUUACAAAAAAAAAUUCAAUUCUGUUAUUCAAAAUCAAAAAGUCCAGAGAAUGCCUGUGGCCGUGCGUCUUGUGGAGGCCUUGACCCUGAUCACAAUAAUGGGUCUCAUCACCUGCAUAGGUCUCAGCGUGAUUUUGACCCAAUACACGAUCAGUAUGGCUGUAACUUUCCUCGAGCCCGCAGCCAACAUUAUUGACAUGGCCCUUCUCGUAACCGAGAAGAUCCUGGUGUCCGCCCUCCUCGCCGUCCUUGCUGUCACGAACACGGUGGGAAAUGCCCUGCAUGCAGCUGGAAUGGUCUGAGGUCUGCACUCACUCUAUAUAUUUAGUUUUCCUCUUUGUACUGUUCUGUGACUUCAAAAUUUUGCAAUACAUAUCGAGCCAAUCGUUUUAAUAUGCCA